AUGAACACACUGUAAAUUGGAAGUAGUGUAUUUUCGAUUUUAUAUAUUGGUACAUAGUGUUAAAAAGCACACUUCAUAUGACAAUACAGAAUAUGAUUUUUAUAACAAAAUGUACUCGAUAUGUAAAAGUACUCAUCCAGCUACAGGAGUAGAGCACGCAAUAACGUGUUAUUUCUUUAAUCGUUCAGAAAAAUGUCUUGUAGUAGCUGGCGCGAAUAUUAUUCGAGUAUUUCGUUUAAUUCCGGAUGUGGACAUAACGAAGAAAGAAAAGUAUACAGAAUCACGUCCACCAAAAAUGAAAUUAGAAUGUUUAUCUCAAUAUACUUUGCAUGGAAAUGUGAUGUCAAUGCAAGCUGUAACUCUUAUUGGAUCUCAAAGAGAUUCUCUUUUGUUAAGCUUCCGUGAUGCAAAAUUAUCAGUUGUAGAGUAUGAUCAAGAUACUCACGAUCUUAGAACAGUAUCUCUACAUUAUUUUGAAGAAGAAGAAAUACGAGAUGGAUGGACAAAUCAUCACCAUAUUCCAAUAGUUAGAGUAGAUCCUGAAGGUAGAUGUGCUGUAAUGUUAAUAUAUGGCAGAAAAUUAGUUGUGUUACCUUUCAAAAAGGAUCCUAGUCUUGAUGACGGAGAUUUAUUAGAUAAUUUAAAAGCAUCAUCCAAUAAAACUCCUAUAUUAUCAUCAUAUAUGAUUGUAUUGAAAAGUUUAGAAGAAAAAAUGGAUAAUAUAAUAGAUUUACAAUUUUUGCAUGGUUAUUAUGAACCAACGUUGUUAAUAUUAUAUGAGCCAGUAAGGACAUUUUCUGGCCGUAUUGCAGUUAGACAAGAUACUUGUGCUAUGGUUGCAAUAUCAUUAAAUAUUCAACAAAGAGUGCAUCCCAUAAUUUGGUCUGUAUCAAAUUUACCAUUUGACUGCUAUCAAGCAGUACCAGUGAAGAAGCCACUUGGUGGUACUUUGAUCAUGGCAGUUAAUUCUCUUAUCUAUUUAAAUCAAAGUAUACCACCUUAUGGAGUAUCCUUAAAUAGUUUAGCAGAAACUAGUACAAAUUUUCCAUUAAAACCACAAGAAGGAGUAAAAAUAAGUUUAGAAGGUUCGCAAGUUGCAUUUAUUUCUUCAGAUCGUUUAGUCAUUUCAUUGAAAAGUGGAGAACUGUAUGUAUUAUCUUUAUUCGCGGAUAGUAUGCGUUCUGUAAGAGGUUUUCAUUUCGAUAAAGCUGCAGCAAGUGUUUUAACUUCAUGUGUGUGUAUGUGUGAAGAUAAUUAUCUAUUUCUGGGAUCACGUCUUGGUAACUCAUUGUUAUUAAGAUUUACUGAAAAAGAACCAGAAAAUUUACAAAAUAUAAAUGAAACUGAAGUAGUACUUGAAGAAAAUGAGACUGAAGAAACUCCAGCAAAAAAAAUAAAACAAGAUUUUAUAGGAGAUUGGAUGGCAUCUGAUGUAUUAGAUAUAAAAGAUCCAGAAGAAUUAGAAGUAUGCGAUAGUUUAUUAAAUAUUGGACCAUGUGGUAAUAUAUCUAUGGGUGAACCAGCUUUCCUAUCAGAAGAAUUUUCACAUAAUCAGGAUCCUGAUGUUGAACUUGUUACAACAUCUGGAUAUGGUAAAAAUGGAGCGCUUUGUGUUCUCCAACGUUCUAUUCGACCUCAAGUUGUAACUACAUUUGAAUUACCAGGAUGUGAAGAUAUGUGGACUGUUAUUGGUACAUUAAACAAUGAUGAACAAGUAAGACCUGAAACAGAAGGAAGUCAUGCGUUUUUAAUUUUAAGUCAAGAAGAUUCAACGAUGAUAUUGCAAACUGGUCAAGAAAUUAAUGAGGUAGAUCAAAGUGGAUUCAGCACACAAGGAAGUACAGUAUUUGCUGGAAAUCUUGGUGCAAAUAGAUACAUAGUGCAAGUUACUCAAAUGGGUGUACGUCUUCUACAAGGAAUUGAGCAGAUCCAACACAUGCCGAUAGAUCUUGGAUGUCCAAUUGUACAUGCAAGUAGUGCAGAUCCUUAUGUAACACUACUUUCUGAAGAUGGACAGGUCAUGUUACUGACUCUUAGAGAAGGACGCGGAACGGCUAGAUUGCAUGCUCAAGCAGCUAAUUUAUUAUUCCGUCCUCAAAUAGAAGCAUUAUGUGCUUAUAGAGACGUUAGCGGAAUAUUUACAACACAAUUACCUGAAAAUAUAGAAGAUGAAGCACCCGAAGAAGAACAUAACAUAGAAGAACCACCUAUUGUUGGUAAUAUUGAUAAUGAAGAUGAUCUAUUGUAUGGUGAUGCACCAGCUUUUCAAAUGCCUACACCAUCACAUACUAAAUCAUCUGAAGAUAGUGGAACGCUGGAAAUUUAUUCUCUUCCUGAUUUACGUUUAUCCUAUCUUAUUCGGAAUUUUGGAUAUGGGCAAUAUGUGUUACACGAUAGUAUGGAAUCUACAACAUUACAAACGACACCUGUUAAUGAAAUUCCUAAUCCUGAAAUGCAGGUGCGGGAAAUUUUAAUGGUAGCAUUGGGUCAUCAUGGUAAUAGGCCAAUGUUGUUAGUACGACUUGAUUCUGAACUUCAAAUUUAUCAAGCAUAUAGAUAUCCAAAAGGUCAUUUAAAAUUAAGAUUUAAAAAGUUAGAUCAUGGUAUAAUACCAGGACAUUUAAGACCAAAACCAAGGGAUGAAGAUAUGCCUACAAUGAAUGAAACUCGACAUUGCAUGAUGCGUUAUUUUAGUAAUAUCGCUGGAUAUAAUGGUGUAUUUAUUUGCAGUGAUUAUCCUCACUGGAUAUUUCUUACAGGACGUGGUGAAUUACGUACUCAUCCGAUGGGUAUUGAUGGUCCUGUUACUUCAUUUGCUCCUUUCAAUAAUAUAAAUUGUCCACAAGGAUUUUUAUAUUUCAACCGAAAGGAAGAAUUGAGGAUAUGUGUUUUACCAACUCAUUUAUCAUAUGAUGCUCCGUGGCCUGUUAGAAAAGUACCAUUAAGAUGUACACCACAUUUUGUCACGUAUCACCUUGAAAGUAAAACUUAUUGCGUUAUAACGAGUAUAGCUGAACCACUUAAAAGUUAUUACAGAUUCAAUGGCGAAGAUAAGGAAUUCACAGAAGAAGAACGACCAGAACGAUUCAUUUAUCCUUCACAAGAACAAUUUUCAAUAGUAUUAUUUUCACCUGUUUCAUGGGAAACUAUUCCUAAUACUAAAAUUGAACUUGAUCAGUGGGAACAUGUUACUUGUUUAAAAAAUGUUUCUUUAGCUUAUGAAGGUACAAGAUCUGGUUUAAAAGGUUACAUCGUAUUGGGAACAAAUUACAAUUAUGGUGAAGAUAUUACGAGCAGAGGAAGGAUACUUAUAUUUGACAUAAUUGAAGUCGUACCUGAACCUGGCCAACCAUUAACAAAAAAUAGAUUCAAACAGAUUUAUGCGAAAGAACAAAAAGGUCCGAUUACUGCAAUUACACAAGUAUCUGGCUUCCUAGUUUCAGCAGUUGGUCAAAAAAUUUAUAUUUGGCAAUUGAAAGAUAAUGAUCUUGUUGGAGUUGCUUUCAUAGAUACACAAAUUUACAUUCAUCAAAUGUUAAGCAUUAAAAGCUUAAUUUUAAUAGCUGAUAUAUAUAAAUCUAUUAGUUUAUUAAGAUUUCAAGAAGAAUAUAGGACAUUAUCCCUUGUUAGUAGAGAUUUUAGGCCAGCUGAAGUGUAUACUAUUGAAUAUUUAAUUGACAAUACUAAUUUAGGAUUUCUUGUGGCUGAUGGUGAAAAUAACAUGGUUUUAUUUAUGUAUCAACCAGAAUCACGAGAAAGUCUUGGAGGACAAAAAUUAAUUAGGAAAGCUGAUUUUCAUCUUGGACAGAAAAUAAAUACAUUUUUUCGUAUAAGAUGCAGAGUUUCAGAUCCUGCAAACGAUAAAAAGCAUUUUUCUGGUGCAGAUAAAAGACAUGUUACUAUGUAUGCAUCACUUGAUGGCAGUCUUGGUUAUAUCUUACCUGUACCAGAAAAAACAUAUAGAAGAUUACUUAUGUUACAAAAUGUUCUGGUAACGCACAUUUGCCAUAUUGCUGGUUUAAAUCCCAAAGCAUAUCGUACUUAUAAAAGUCAUAUUCGAACUCAGGGUAAUCCUGCAAGGGGUAUUAUUGAUGGUGAUUUAGUUUGGCGUUAUCUUUUCUUGCCCAACAAUGAAAAGAUAGAUGUAGCAAAGAAAAUUGGAACACGUGUACAGGAAAUAAUAGAAGAUCUUACAGAAAUAGAUCGACAAACGGCUCAUUUUUAAAAUAGUGCCUUUUUAUCAUUCCAAAAAAGAAAGUUUUAAAUUUCUCCUAUUUGAUUCUUAGUCUCCGAUUCGAUAUAAAAUUUGACUGAAAAAACAUUUUUUAUUAAAAAUAGUAAUGAUUACUUGUAUUUGUACUUUUUAUGAAAUAUCUAUUUCUAAAAGCUAAUUUUUUGUAAACAUAUUUGAACCAUAAAUACAAAUAUAAAUUAAAUAUAAAUAAUAUGAGUGUAUGUAUAUAUAUAUUAAUUAGAAUUUUGUACAAAUGAAGAACAAUAUAACAUUGAUUUUUUUAUUUGCUAAAUUCAUGAGUUAUCUUUUGUCAAAGAAAUAUUAUUUAGGCAAUAAAUUUUUAUAAAGAAUUUUUUUCUUGUGUUUUAUAAAUUAUAUUUUUAAAACGAAUCUAAAUUAAAAUUUAAAAUACAUAAUGAAAUCAGCAGCGGAACUUAUAACAAUUCGUGCAAGUCGAGAAUCUAUUAGACAAAGUAUUAUAGCACGGCGGUUAACGAAAAUUGAAUCUGUACAAUGUAUGUAUCAUUUAUAAUGAUAAAUGUAUAUAUAAUAUACAUUUAAAUGUAUGUAUAAAUGUAAUAUAUAAUAAUUUAUAAUUUAGAAAUAUAUAAAAUAUUAUACAUUACUAUAAGAAAGAAUUCGCACAUAUAAAAAUCUAUGUUCUUAUAAACGUUAUAUUGAUCAAACAGUUAGAUAGAUAUGUAGUCAAUUUGUAUACAAAAAACUACAUAUGAAUUAUAAUUUAUAGCUACAUAAUUUUUAUGUAAUAUAAAAGAUACAUGGCACAGUGUAAUACUAUAUUGUUUAAUUCAUAUUGUUUACUAGCAUUGUAAUUUUAUAUUACAUAUUUUUCAUGUAUUUUUAUAACCAAUACUUUUUGUGCAGUACCAUUACCAGAACCAACAUUGUUGGAGAAAAGACUUUGUGAAAUAUUUGAUGUAUUUGAUACUGCAAAGACUGGUGAAAUAGAUGUUAGAGAUUUGGGGACUGUUAUUAGGGCAUUAGGAUGUGUUGUGACAGAAGCCGAAUUACAAGAAAUACAAGUUGAAGUGGAAGAUGUAGUAAAUAAUAGCGUACCAUUAAAUAAAUUUCUAGGAUAUAUAACUAAGGCUAUCAACGAACGCAAAUUUAAACCAGCAGAACCAGAAGAUUUAUUAAAAGCAUUUCAAUUAUUAGAUCCCGAAAAUCGAGGAUAUAUUAUGCGUGAAGAUCUGGAAAAAGCAAUGAUGGAAAUUGGAGAACCAUUUUCAGAGGAAGAAAUAAAUAAUAUGAUGGCUAUGGCAUGUGAUCCAGAAACAAAAAGAAUUAAUUAUGAACAUUACAUUCAUUUACUGCUUGU